UUUUCAAACAGGUCUACCAGGCACAGGCCCUGGGGACCCAGAGAGGUCAUGCAGCCCCCAGGGACCGUGGUGCCUCUGUAUGAAGUCACAGAGGUUAGUCAAUUACCAGUCUGUGCCCUGGGGGCCUAUUCUCUCAUAACCACUCCAUGGCUGUUAAAUAACCUCAGGUACUCCUGGCCUCGCCUGCCUGUGUGGGGAUGUUCACACCCUUUUGUCAAACAGACUUUUAUCAACCGCAUGUGAAAACUGAGGACACCUGCUGGCGACUACGUGUUAUUACAUCAGAGAUGGAUCAACACGCCCUAUCUUGACAUUUUGCCCACGUACCUCAGUCCGAUGUAAUUCUCACCUUUAGUUUCACCUCAUAACAAUCCGCGCUAGCCUCAAAUCCUCAGUAAAAAACAAAAAACAUCGAACUACUCAGCCUACUCAGCCUUAGCGGCCAUGUCCAUUACACGGCGCCGUGUGAUGGACAUGGCCAGAUCCUCCCCAUCUAUCCACACUGAGUCCGCUCUCCACCCCUCUCCUCUCCUCUCCUUUCCUUUCCUUUCCUCUCCUCUCCUCACCGCCUGUCCUGGUCGCGGACUGCAGCGCAUCCAGCGGCGGCAGCAGCAGACCUGUGAAGGAGUGACAGACCCAGCUGGUGGUUGUUCCCCACUGCCGAGCGUUUCCACAUCUUCCCUUUGAGAGAAGCAGGAGGAGGAACAAUGAUCGACCUGAGCCACCUGACGGAGGAGGAACAGGGGAUGAUCAUGACGGUGCUGAGGAGGGACGCCGAACUGAAGAAGGCUGAGGAGGAGAGGGUCAGGAAACUGGAGAAAAUACUGAACAGCGACUCGCAGUCAGACAGCAAGCUGAAGUACCUGACCGGAGAGUGGUUUUACGAGGCCAAGUCUCGCAGGCACAUGGACAAGAUCCAUGGCUCGGAAAUCAUCCUGGCCUCCAUGAAACAGAGGAAGGCUGCCGGUUUAGAUGGGUCUCUCAGAAUUGAAAGAUCCAAAACACCCAGCCGUCGAGGUUCAGACAUCGUCGCUCCACCAAAACCUGCAAGGUGUUUGGAAGCACUACAGCCACAGGAGAUAAACGAUGCUGAAAAAGAGAAUCUAAAUUCAGCAGUCCGCUCUCCCAGAACGCCAAGGCACAACCCUUUCAACCGUGCCUCCCUUAUUGUUGUUGAGCCACCAGAAAAUAAUAAUGACAUGUUGACCAGUCAGGACCAGGUGUCGUUUGAGAAAGAGCCCAUAUCUCCAUUGAGGAAUCAAACAACAGGAGAGGCCAGUCAGACUUCAGGUGGCUCCGUCACAUCGGAGGGCUCCUCUGUAGGUUUCAAACCGGUGCCAAAAAAGAGGACGUUUCUCUCAAGACGUCCCCAGUUGGAAGGCAACGGCCUGGGGUCAGACGCUCAGGUAGGGUCAGCGGGGAUCGUUCCCGCCCCGAGACGAAGCCUCCAGCAUGGGUCCAGUGGGAGCUCCAACCAGUUCUUGCCCGAAGAGCCAAGACACAGCACCUCCGAAAAUUGUGGUUCCGGUGCAAAUCAGGUGUCUCAACCUGCUCAGCCUCCCGGCUCUGUAGACCAAACCCCUCAGCAGCCGCUGUGCAAUGUAUCUCAGGUUUCCUCUAAUUCCAGCCUGGGGAGAGAGAGAAACCCACCUUCCGUAACAAGAGACAGUUUCAGACCAGCCACAUGCAUCAGAGGUGAUGUGCCAACUGAGAGGGAAACCCCACAGAGGAGCGAUGAAAGAGACGAUCCGACUCAGAGAGAACAAGCAGCAGUGAAUGCGGUCAUCCUGCAGGCCACCAGCAGCAGCAUUCAGGACUCAGACAGAGAAAACAGCAGCAGUGUGGGAACGGCAACAAGGCAGGAGGAGCUGAGUUUGACCCAGAGCACAGUGGGUCCAGAUCCUCCUGUAUCUUAUGAUCUCAACUUCAUUGAUAAGUCUGAUCAGCAAACACAGAAGAAAUCAAAUCAGAAACACGUGUUCAAGUUAUCCACUCAGGCAACCAGUCCCACCGGUGAUGAGGAGGACUCCAUCGCGAAGGUGCUGGACUGGUUCAGCCGCAGCACAGACAGCAGUGAUUGGCUGAAUACAGACGAUGGUCCAGAAGCCACAAAGAGCUCUGACAAACACGCAGAAAUCAGCAAAUUAAGAAGUGAGGAUUCAGCGAGAAAAGAUGCUGGGGAUUUUAUAAGUGAUAGAAAGAAGGACACCCUUGAAAUGAAGAGAGGCCACUUACAAAGGCAGACUAAUGAGGCUAAAGAGCUCAGAGCAACAGACAAAACAGGCAACAAGGAAUUGACUGAAACACAAGACGAGGGGCAGAAGGAUGCCAGAGAAAGAAUGCGGUCACAGGAAUUGAGAGAUAAUGACGAUGAGAGCCAACCACCCAAAAUCUCUCAUCUGAAGUCAUUCUGGGAGAAAAGCAACGUGGGCCCUAAAAUACUUAUCAGCAAGCCGAUCAUGCCAAGCGACAAAGGACAAAAACUUGUUUACUUGAAAGAUGAGGAGAACGUGAACAAACCCCACACACUGUCCGAUAUGCCCUCUUCUCCUGGAAUGCACAAUGGGAGGGGGGUUAGUGAUAACUAUGCCUCAAAUCAUGGGGAUGAAAGAGAACAACAGCUGGUAAUCAGUCCUCAGGAAGAUAUCGGAGACAGUGUUCACUCAAAUAAUAACCAGCAGGCAGACUGUCUCGUGACAAAUACUCAAAGGAACAAUAAUGACCCAACUUAUGACUCAGAUUAUUUAAAGUUACUAUCCAGCCCCCAAGUGGCUGACAGGAGAGGCUCAGACACUGAGAUUUUAUGUGUAACCAGACUCAGUCCACAGCCAAGGACAGCCUACCAGACCAGACUGAGUCCAGAGUCUGAGAGCGCCUCUUUAGUCAAACCGAAUCUUGACAGUAUUUCCCAAUCAAGAGAAACCCCACUGCAGGAAGACCUGUCAAAAGCUGUGCCUGUGUCUCAGCUGGAUAAAGAUGCCCAAACAAGGGACAUUCCAGACUCUGAGAAGCUCGGUUUGACCAGGAGCAACCUGUAUAUGGAUUACAAGCAAGGUGGGAAUGAUGUGCAGAUCACCUCUAAAGCGCAACUUCGUAGAGGUUCGAGUGAAGACGUGAAGAGGAGGGACAGCGAGGAUAGAAGCAUGCAAUCAAGCAUGUCUCCUAAAAGAAAAGAGGAUGUGUCCAAUAAAGACAGAGCUAAUAGCCCUCACUCAAACAGAAAAGGUUUACCUCAUCAAGAAAGUACAGCAGACAGGAUCAAGCAGCUCAAAUCUUUCUGGGAACAGGAGAGAAACAAGCCCAUGUUUUACACCGGCAAACCUAAAACCUCGACAAGCCUUGGGGAAGGUAAAGUUGCUCGUGGCGCAAAUCAGACAAAACUGAAUAAAAGAUUUACAAAGUCAGAGUAUGAUCUGAGGUCAAUUGUAAAUGAUUCAGGUGAUGAGGAGGAAGACUCCAAAAGAAAUCAUAAUUUUACAGUUCUUCCCUUGAAUCAGAGAAUAGAAAAGUCGUCCCCAAGCCUUAGCACAAGCCGAACACAGUUCAACACCUUGCGUGAGUUUUGGGACGAGGCCACAUCAGAUACCAAGGGAUCGUCUUCCUCCUCCUCUGACAAACCUAAAAGCCCCAAAAGGAAAGAGCUAAUAAGUGGCCAGCUUCCAUCUCAAGAGUUAAAGAGUGGUGACCCCGAGAUUUAUUGGUUGUCCUCUGCUGUUGAGAAAGCAAGACCGGCUGCCAUAAAAUCGUCUCCGCAGAGUAGAUCAAAGUCGCCACAUGACAGACAGAUUGGGUCUGGGUCAAGGGCAGUGAACGACAGCAAAAAUAACCUGCCUAAUUAUACUACCACUGAGUCCAAAAGGAGCUCAAAAGACUCUGGUAGAGAGGAGAAAUCCACGAAACCACAAAGCAACUCUGGAAAAGAAAGUCGAUCCUCCAAGAGCAGAAAAGACAGCUUUAGCAAUUUAAGCAGUUGUGGAAAUUCUUUGCGUCGCGCCACUAGCAUGUUCACUCUGAGCGUUCCUGAUGAAAAAGACCAAGGCCAGCUUAAAAUGGAUGUUAGCCCUGUCCACUCCCAGAGCAGAAAGCAAAGGCAGAACAACGAAAAAGGUGCAGCGUCGAGAAGGUCGUCAGAAGAAACGGAGACUCUGACUCCACGUGCACGAGCAUUUGUUCCCACAGACUACCGGCAUUACCUGGGCAUGACAGACAAGACCAGCGUCCUUGCCCCUGCCGUUAGUGACGAGGGGUCAGAGGGCAAGUCUGGCUACGAAUAUGACUUGAGCGGGCCAGUGAGAGCCAGCACCCCUGUGAGCUCGGAGGAGCGUUACAGCAGGAAGGGCAGCAAGACGAGUCAGCGCCCCCUGUGGGCAAACUACAGCAGCUCAGACACUGGCCCGGAGUCGUCUGUGAGCAGCAUGUCAGAAACCUGGUCCAACUCGAGGAACAGUUCAAACCGUGAAAAUGACGAUGACAACCAAAACCCUAUAAGGAAAGCACUGAGGCGAGCAGAAGCACGGCCCAAAAAUCUGGCUAAGAGCAUGGAGGACAUCACGGCAUCCUUAUCACCACGCCAAGAAAGAAGACAAGACCCGACUGCUGACCUCAGACGCAUUAGUGAUGUUUCGUCAAUCCCGUCACCCUCCUCGUCAUUAUUUUCGGAUCCUGACCACCUGAAAAAGAUGAGCAAAUCAGUUCCUUCGUUCUUACAGAAGGAGGAUACUGGCAGGGACGCUGACUCCACCUGCGAGGACAGCUACCACCGAGGAAGACUAAUGAUGGGCAGCUCGAUGACUAACCUCACCAGCUCCUCUGGCAUGGCAUCUGUGUCUUCUCUGAGUGGAAGUGUAAUGACCAUGUACAGCGGAGACUUUGGGAAUGUGGAGGUUCAGGGAAAUAUUCAGUUUUCCAUCAACUACAUUCAGAGACUCAGAGAGUUUCACAUCUUUGUCGCUGAGUGCAGAGAUUUGGCUGCAGUUGACCCAAAGAGGCAGCGCUCGGAUCCGUAUGUCAAAAGCUACCUGGUGCCUGACAAAGCUAAUCUGGGAAAGAGGAAAACAUCAGUAAAAAAGAAGACACUUAAUCCGACUUUCAAUGAGAUCCUCAGAUAUCGUGUUCGCAUGGAGUACCUCAGAACUCAGAUGCUCAUUCUCUCUGUUUGGCAUCACGACACCUUUGGCAGGAACAGUUUCCUGGGUGAAGUAGACAUGGACCUCUCCAAGUGGGACUUUGACCACACCCAGAUGAACUACUUACCCCUGAAAGCAAGGACUACACCCACUCUAGCUCCAUCAAAUGGGCGAGGAGAGAUGAAACUAGCCAUACGUUUCCUGCCACAGAUCCCCCACAGUGAAGGAAUAGCUAAAGACAGUCAUAGCACCGGAGAGGUUCACAUUUGGGUGAAAGAAUGCAAGAACCUGUCUCUAAUCAGGGCCACCAUUGACCCCUAUGUUAAGUGCUUUGUGCUGCCAGACACGAGCAGGAAGAGUCGGCAGAAGACGCGCGUCCUGCGGAGGACAGUGGAUCCAGUGUUUAACCACACUAUGGUGUACGAUGGCAUCAGAGAGGCUGAUCUAAUGGAGGCCUGUGUUGAGCUCACUGUCUGGGACCGGGACAGGUUAGCAAGCAACCUGCUGGGGGGCCUGAGGCUCGGAGUUGGAACAGGUAUUGAUUGGAGAGGCGCUCCAGUGGAUUGGAUGGACUCAACUCCUUAUGAGGUGGCCCUGUGGGAGCGCAUGAUAGCUUCCCCUAAUGAAUGGGUGGAGGACGUGCUCCCGUUACGAAUGCUGAACUCUGCAAAAACUGCUUUCAAAUAAGCAGAAGUAAACCACCUGCCAUACUGCAGAGACAGUGUAUUUUUGAAAGGUAAAAACACAGUGAAUUAACUGUUUUAAAGAUCCAGUGCACUGAUUUAAAUUCAGUCAGGUUAUCAAAAAUGAGAUGGAAAAUGCGGUAAAGACACUGGAGUGGAAAACUGGGAAUCAACCAUUUGGUUAUAAUUUUACAGUAACUUGUGUUGCCACCUGACAAAACGGUUUCUUAAACAGGGUGGCGUUGUGAACACUUUAGGAUCUCUGUUGAAACUGCACAGGUGGAAGGGGAAAGAGUAUUACACAAGAAACAAACACCUCUGGAGAGUGAGAGUGACAGACACAACAGUGACUAUCAAAAUACUUUAUUUAGCAGGGUGAGAAUAAUUUAAAGACACCUGGUUCAUGCUUUGGCCUUUUUAAGGGUCUUCAAGCAAGAGUGCCACCAGACAAAAAAACAGCACGAGGCAGACAGGGAAAUGUAAUCUAGAAACCAUACACUGAUCACACUGCACUACAGCCAAUAAAACAUAAAAAAAACUAACUGACAUAUGGCAAAGAAAAAAAGGCAAUUCUGGCAGAGAAUCUGCUCAUAGGAAAAUAUAGCUGUAAGUAAUAUCUACACUAAGUACUGUUCUUUGUCUAGUGGGAUUCAUGUGUGAAUACCAUGGAAAUUGUGAAAGCUAAACCAUUAUGGUGUUUAAAUUACAUCCUACCCUAUUGAAUAGAGGCUUAUAUUGUGAUAGAAUCUGUAUUCACACUCUUGGCUUUCCAGAGGUUUAAGUAUCUCCUCUUUUCUUCGCUAGAGCAAUGUCUUAGUUGUUCCCACAGUGUGCAGCACACCUCUUUAAUACCCAAAUAACCCUAGAUGCCAGAUUAUCAAGGCAUAGAGUGAUCAAGGCUUUUUGUAAGGGUAAUAUCAGCCAAUAUAAACAGUAAGAAUUGUGAUGCCAAACAGUGGUAACAAUAAAGAAAAAUGUGCUCUUGCA